CACGCGCGGACACAAAACAGCAAUCAUCCCCCACCUCCACCUCCUGAAUACUCGGACGGACUCCAAUCCAGGAGAAACACACGCACCGCCGCAGAGAGGAGAGAGAUUCGGUCGGACCGAUGAGCGGGGUGACGGACGAGGACCCGAAGCGCGCGGCCGGCUCCGGCUCCGGCGGCGGGGGCGGGUCGUCGGGGAGCGGCGGCGACGGCCACGCGCGCCGCCGGUUCGACGACAAGGCGCUCGUGGCGCGCACGUCGCUCAUCCUCUGGCACACGCACCAGAACGACGCCGCCGCCGUGCGCAAGCUGCUCGAGGAGGACGGCGCGCUCGUCAACGCGCGCGACUACGACAGCCGCACGCCGCUCCACGUCGCCGCGCUGCACGGCUGGCAGGAGGUCGCCGAGUGCCUCAUCGCAAACGGGGCCGACGUCAACGCGCUCGACCGCUGGCAGAACACGCCACUAGCUGAUGCGGAGGGUGCAAAGAGGCAUGCUAUGAUCGACCUGCUCAAGAAGCAUGGCGGAUUGACAUAUGGUAAAACUGGAAGCCACUUUGAAGCAAAGUCAAUUCCACCUCCCUUAACAAACAAGGCUGACUGGGAGAUUAACCCACUUGAACUGGAUUUCACAAAAGCAGUUAUGAUCGGAAAGGGCUCUUUUGGUGAAAUUCUGAAAGCAAAUUGGCGAGGAACACCUAUUGCUGUCAAGCGCAUUCUUCCAUCAUUAUCUGAUGAUAGGCUGGUUAUCCAAGAUUUUAAACAUGAAGUCAACUUGCUGAUAAAGUUGAGGCAUCCAAAUAUUGUACAGUUUCUUGGAGCAGUCACAGAAACCAAGCCUUUGAUGCUAGUUACUGAGUUCCUACGAGGAGGUGAUCUUCAUCAAUAUCUCAAGGAGAAAGGCUCACUCCCCCCACUUACUGCUAUUAAUUUCGCGUUGGACAUCGCAAGGGGCAUGGCAUAUCUUCAUAAUGAGCCUAAUGUUGUAAUUCAUCGGGACUUAAAGCCAAGAAAUAUUCUUCUAGUUAAUACCGCUGCCAACCACCUGAAAGUUGGAGAUUUUGGUCUUAGCAAGAUUAUCAAAUCUCAGCAUGCCAACGAUGUAUACAAGAUGACUGGGGAGACUGGAAGCUACCGGUACAUGGCUCCUGAAGUUUUCAAGCACCGUAAAUACGACAAGAAAGUUGAUAUCUUCUCCUUUGCCAUGAUACUAUAUGAGAUGCUUGAAGGGGAUCCACCUUUUUCCAACUAUGAACCUUAUGAGGCUGCUAAGUAUGUGUCAGAUGGGCAUCGCCCAGCUUUCCGUUCAAAAGGACAUACUGCUGAGUUGAAAGAGCUGACUGAGCUAUGUUGGGCUGCAGAUAUCAAUCUGAGACCAUCUUUCUUAGAGAUACUCAAGAGGCUGGAGAAGAUCAAGGAAAGCUUAUCAUCCCACGAUCACCACUGGCAUUUAUUCUCACAAUCGUAGUCCUUAUACUCGUCACAAACAAUUUAAACUACAGGUGUCGUGAAUGGUUUUUCAUGGGAGGUCAACAUCGAUUGUGUACAAAAUUGGAUGGUCGAAAAGGUCCACUGAAACGGCAAAAGGAUGCCCUGAUGCUUUUGUUUCUGCCAAAGCAGAUACUUUUCUCGAAUCACUCUUUGCUUUUAGGUAAUCGUGAAAGCCUGGAGGGUGAUUAGCCCAUAGUUCUUCAAAACAGAGUUAAUUGGGAUUCUAAAGAUUGCCCUUUCCAUCCCUGAGAGGUGCAAAUUAUUUAUUGAGAACUGCUUCUGUAGUUGCGGAGAGUAAAUUUGUUUGUGCAGUCUCUAUAAAGCUCUUCUUUAUAGUGUGAA